AUGUAUUUUAGAAAUAAUGGAGGCCAAACAGGGGGUAAAUCUCAACAUUUUUUUUGUUAAAUCAGGCUAAAUAUUAAAAGAGUUUAUUAUAUCAAAAAUUAUACUUAACCAAACACAAAAAUAUCACCAACAAGGAGUAAUCUAUAGGGUCUAACACGCACUUGUUUGUGCCUUAAAUCCACUUCUUUUGGCCCAUUGGAACACGAGGUCUAUCUCUUCCUCUAGACACACAAGGUUACAAUAAAGGCAUUAAUUUUGAUCCAACUUAGCAAGUAGUCUACUCCAUUUUAUCAAGUUUCCAGUCCAAUGCACGACUUAAGGACUCGUCGAGCAAUUGUCACAUUACAUGGGAAGGCUGAGGAAGUUGUAAGUGAAAAGAACUAGAAGGUGAAUCGUCUUCCAGACUUAUGUCACUUAGAAUAGAAUCCUCCGCCUCAGUCCUCCUUCAACCAUCAUCCACUAAUAACAUAUCAACUAACUCGUAAGCUUCGUCAACAAUGACAGCAUACAACAUCCACAUGCUACAAAUAUUAUUUUCAAUCAUAAUUAUGUUGGGUUUAUUAAUUUGUUACGUGGGCUUACAUAUAUAAUUAACUGUGUAUAAGGUUAUCUUAAAGUUAAGCUUAAUUAAAGUGAUUUAAUAAAGAAUUAAAUUGUUCGGUGUAGGGCAUUCAAAUAAGGUGUGGACACAUUCUUUAUGUCAUCACAUCAACACAAUAAUACAAGAGGAAACAUAUUGAAGAAGAUCCAAAACCUACAAUCAAACCCACAAUCAAGAAUUAAGAUGAUCAAUAACCAAUAUUCAAGAUCCGGAAUUAAGAUGCAGUAUUAAAGAAAUAUUCCCAAUGAAUUAAGGUAUGUUCCACACUUUAUAAUUCUCGUGAUGACUUGACUGGAGGAUCUUGACAAUAAAGUAAUUAUAUUUUCUAGUUUUGAGAUUUGAUGUUUCAACGAGUGGUAUUAGAGCCAACUCCAUGUUAAACCAUUGAGAUUAAAGGAAGAUUUUAGGGUUAAAUUCAUACUUUGGUUUUACAAAACGUUGGGUUGUGAAUUUCAAAUCCUAGGUAUCAAAAUUUUGGAAUUUUUGGGAUUUUUCAGUAUUGCUACAGCGUCGUAGCAUUGCGACGCCAUGUUAGGGCGUCACGAGCUGCGUUCAGUUAAGUUGGCAACGCCCUAUUGCCGCUGGGUAUUGCAGCGCCCUAAUUCUAUCCCCAUUAUUUUUUUUCUUUCGGACACAGAAGAGAAAAAUAAAAAUAAAAUAUAAAGGUAUCAUCAAUUUCAAAUCUUAGUACUUAAUAUUUAUUUCAGAUUACUAAUUUCUUAAAAUAGAUUAGUUGAAGUAACAUAUUAUCAAAGUAACCUCUCUUGUCUAAAUUAAUUUAUUUAGAAUAUUAGGAGGGUUGUGUGUAUGUUAUUCAUUCGAAUAUUCACCGGUCCAAAUAAAAGGUCAAUAUUUGGCUGAACUAUUUGCACACGUGGUAAUAAAUGUGACAAUUGUAAUGUUUUUCAUUAUGUUAACAAUGAGUUAGUCCAAAGAUAAACUUGAUCUUUGAUCAGAUUUAUUGUCAAUAUUUGAUUACUAUACUAAGACUACAACUUACUAGAUAUUUUCGUCCGAAGAUUAAAUUUCAAUGCUGUGCUAGAUCUCUUGUGAUGGGACGCACCAUUAUUUGAAAUUAUCGAUUGUCCAAUAUGGAUUCCAUGUGAACAUGUUAAUUAGGUUUAAGUUUUCUAUUAAGUUAAUCCAUCAACUUCUACAAUUUCUGCCAACAUCAUUUCAAUUCUUGUGCUUGAAUCAAAAUUUAAGGACUGGAAUGAGAACGUUUUCAUUGUUCUUAGCGGCAUGGAUCUAGACCUUGCUUUAAGGAUUGAACAAUCCACUGCUCUUACGGAUAAAAUUUUCACUAAUAAAAAGGGACUCAAAUAAGUGGAAUCAUUUAAACCGCAUGGAUCUUGUGAUCAUAAAACAUGGAGUUCCACUAACAUUCAGGGGCCUAAGGUAACUAAUGCCAAGGGAUUUCUUAAAGAAAUUGAAAAAAAGCUUUCCAAAAAGCAAUAGGGCUGAAAUUAGCUCGCUUCUGGCGAACUUGGCUUCGUUAAAGAAUAAGGUUGAAUAAAACAUAAAUGAGUAGUACAUUAUGGAUGUCUCGUCUUGCUUUAAGAUUAAAGGCAUUAAAGUUUAAGUUGUUUGAUGACUUUCUCGUGCAUUUGAUUUUGAUUUCUCUUCUUGCACAACUCGAUUAAUUUAAGGUCAGUUACAGUUGCCAAAAAGGGAAUGGACUCCCUAUGAGCUCAUUUCACAUUGUGUGAGAGAAGAAAAAUGUUUAAAGUAAGAGAGAACUGGAAAUACUUACUUGGUUAGUACCUCUAAUAACAAGUUAAAGAAAAAGGAAACUGCAUUUGGUUCAGUUCAAAAGAAGCAGCAAAAGCUGAAAAGAAUUAAGCAAGAGAGCCAACUGGCGGCAAGUUCUUGUAUAUAAAAAAAUGCAAGCAAUUGUCUUGACUCAAUCAAUGAUCUGAUUUACCAAAAUCAUUGGGAAAAAGUAUUUAUUUUUAAAAUAAUUACAGGGUGGACGGGGACUAUAAAUAUCCAGCCUCUGCUGCAUGCAAAAGCGCAAGCCUCUCCUACAGAGUCUAUUCUUCACCACAUUAAUUUCCUCCAUUAUUAAGCUUUUGAUUUCAUUUUUUAAGCGAAAAUAUGGAAAUCUAAAAAAAAAUAAAUUAAAAGGUUUUCAAGCUGCCGGGGAGUCUCUUUUGAGAUUAAACCACAUUCUGAUCCAUUUGCCCUCCCAACUUCGGCCAUAAUGGAAGCUUUUCUAAACUGGUUCCUUAAUUGGAAACAGUCAGAUUGAUCUUUUGCUUAAUUCAAUUAUUGCGGAUGCCAGUUCUUUAUUUGGUUAUGUAACCUAUAUUUGCUUAAUACAUUUGCCUCUUAUAAAGAACAUUACAUGUGAAUUCACAUGGUAUUAAACAUAAAUUAAUUGAUGAGAAUUUCACUUCAUUAUGGAACAAGCUAUUAGGUCACAUAUCUCAAAAUAAAAUAGAAUGGCUUAUGAUCCCCCUGAUUUUACAAACCUUAAUGUUUGUGUUAAUUACAUUAAUGAGAAACAAAUAAAUAUAAGGAGAUUAGGUGUCAAUAGAACUUCAGACGUCUUAGAACUAAUUCAUGUGGAUAUCUAUGGGACAUUCCUUUCGGCUUCUUAGAAUGGUCAAUGGUCAUUUAUUACGUUCAUAGACGAUUUUUCUCAUUAUGACUAUAUCUCAUUCAAAAGGAAUCUCAAUAACUAGACAAGUUCAAGCUUUAUAAAAUAAUUUAGGUUAGAUCUUACCAUAGUGGUUAAUACUAUGACGGAUUAGGAGAACAACGUCCAGAGCCUUUUCCUAAAUUCCUAAAGGAAUGUGUAAUCAUCUCACAGUACAGCAAAAUCUCUCUUUCUAAAGAUUGCAACUUAAGUUCUCUAUAAAAUUCCAAAUAAAGCAACUAUUAAACCCCUUAUGAACUUUGGAUGGGCAAGAAGCCUAAUUUGAAGCACUUGUACAUUUAGGGUUGUUCGGUUAAGGCAAGGCCUUGUAGGCCAUAAAAAAAAACAAGCUGGACUCCAAAAUUGUCAGUUACUACUUUAUUGGAUAAUUUGAAAGGUCAAGGGGUUACAAAUUUUAAGAUCCACUAUCAGGUCAAUUUUCAAAAUAGAAAAUGUCCAAUUUUUUUACGAUGCCGAGUUUACGGAAGGAGAUAAGGUUAUAAGGUUAAGGAUUUUAUCUUGGAAGAAGAAUAUGUACAUAUUUCUUCUAUUACAAUUGACAAUGAUUAGGACCAGGGACAUUCUUGCUCCAGAUCUAGUUUCACUCCAACUAAAGUUUAUAGUUGAUCCCGUUAAAGAAUAAGGUAGGGCCAUUUGGAAUUAGGGAUAUUUAGAUUUCAUUGCAUGUAAUUUUCAUGCAAUACAUCCAUACUUGAUCUAUGUUGAUUGUGUUGAUAUACAUGACCAUUAAGGGUUUAGUUAUGAUAUUUGUAACAAAGACCGCUUUGAUCCUAUAUUAAUAUAAUCAAUGGAUGAGACUGUUCAGAGAUGCUUUUGGCUAUGAUAGCAAAAGUUUUGAUGUCAUAAUGUUAUACACUUAGCAGGUAACAUAUGUGGCUCAAGUGGGAGAUUGUUGGGUUUAUUAAUUUAGCUGGAAGAUCCUGGCAAUAAAGUAAUUAGGUUUUCUAGUUUUGAGAUUUAAAGUUUCAUAAAAUUCUAACAGAUUAAUGAUAAAACAAAAUAAAAAUGACUCAAAGAUAAGUAUAAACGCAAUCGUGCCAUUUUUGCCUACUUUUGAAAAUGAAAGUAGAAAUUUGACACUAAUUUCAUCACCAAUGAGACUUAGUUUGUCAAAAAAGAGGAUGUCAAAGAUGAUAUAAUGCUGAGAAAAAUAGGCUUUAAAAUAAAUAUAACCAUACUCCAACUAUGGUUUUCCAACUAUUAAGACUGGAUAGUUUGCCCCUCCAACUCUAAUAACUAGCUAUUUCGAUCCUCCAACUAUUUGUACCCACCAUUUUAGUCCUCACAUUAGCACUUAAAACCAUAUUUGUGCCUCCAUCACUAGUCAACUCCACUUUGUUCCCCCAACUACGGUUUGUACCAUAUUGAUCAUUCUUCUAUCAGGAAUAGGUUUAGUUCUCAAAGUAUCAGUCCAAUUAGGUCUUAUAACUAAUAUUUUUCAUCAUUUUGGUGAUUAGGUUAUUCUUAUGCGAGGGUCCCUUUUGCUCUCUUACUCUUCCCCAGCUCUUAUUCCUUAGCUGGCUUCGUUCAGCUGACCUUUCACUUGGGGUUUUGCUCCUGGCUGGCCUAACCAAGGCUGUCAAUUUGAUCCAGCAAUUUACAAAUUUCAAUUCUGAUCUCCAACUAUUUGUCAGCAUCAAUUUUGUCCUUUAGCUAUCUGUCAAAACGAACUUAGUCCCUCAAUUAUGCCCUUCUUGAAUUUUCCCUCAAACUAUUAUUUAGCACCACUUUAGUCCUCAAACUAUCAUCAGCGUCAAUUUUUCUCCCUCUAUCACUAAGCGACACUGUGGUUCUUCAGCUGUCCAUUCCCUUCACUUCUGUACUCCAUGUUCGUUUCAAACGAGUUUGGUCCCCCAACCUCAAUUCGAUCAAGGUAUAUAUUAGAUCAUAUAAUUGAUUCUGUUAAUUUGAGUGAGUGAGUGAUAAGCUGUCAUAGUUGGUAGUUAAUGUUGAACUGUCAUGUAACUAAUUCUAAACACCAGUCAGUCGAUUUAUAUUGUUUGGAUUGUAACACAUGAUACAUGUUUUCAUGAAAUGAAUUUCUUCUCUACGGUUGUUCUCUCCAGAUUCUACUCUAAUCUUCAAACCUUGAUAUCAGUAUUCUCUUCCAUUUAUUCUCUUCAAACAUUAAUAUGGUAUCAGAGCAGGUUGCUUGAUCUGCUGUAAGUAGUCUCAAGAAAAUUCAAAACUGUUCAAACGUAGGGUGCCACUUUCUUUUCCUUUUCUUUCUCUUGGAUAUUGAACUGAGAUCAUCUUCAAGUAAAUCCACCUUAUAUGAAACUUCGAAUCCAUAUUACCUUCAUCAUUCUGAUAGCCCAGGAUUGGUACUAGUUUCGCAGCCUCACCGGAGAAAAUUAUACCUCCUGGAGUAGAGUGAUGCUGAUCGCAUUGUCCAUGAAAAACAAGCUUGGAUUUGAGGAUGGAUCAAUUGAAAAGCCUGAAGGUACUGAUUCGGAUGUCCUCAGCUCUUGGACUAGAAAUAACAAUGUAGAUAUUUUUUGGAUAUUGAAUUCUGUUUCUAAGGAAAUUUCUGCUAGUAUUAUAUAUGUUGAGUCCGCACAUGAAUUAUGGCUUGAUCUUAAAGAAAGUUUCCAACUGAAAUAUAAACCUAGGAUCUUCCAGCUAAAGCAUGAAUUGAUGAGUUUAGCUCAAGAUCAAAAUUCUGUUAGCAUAUACUUUACAAAACUGAAAACUACAUGGGAAGAAUUAAGCAAUUAUAGGCCUGUAUGUUCUUGUAGCAAAUGCACUUGUGGUGGUGUUAAGAAUCCUAGUUCUUAUUAUCAGAUUGAGUGCGUAAUGUCUUUUCUUAUAGGACUAAAUGAUUCUUAUUCACAAGUUCGAGGACAAUUACUUUUCAUGGAUCCAUUACCGUCUACAAAUAAAGCCUUUGCUCUAAUCUCGCCAGAAGAAGAUCAGAGGAAGAUCACUAGCCAAGUUGGUUGUACUUCAGAUCCUGUUGGAAGUAUGACGUUUACUGUUAAAUCAUAUAAUGCUAAACGCCCUGGAAUUCCUAAUUCUGGAACUAUAGCAAUGGUAGUAAUCGAAAUGAUUCAACAAUGGAGGUUACAAAGGAUAGAAGAAAGAGGGACCUUUUUGUACCCAUUGCAACUUCCAUGGCCAUACGGUUGAUAGAUGCUAUGAGAUUCAUGGCUACCCACCUGGUUACAAAGUAAGAGACAGAGAUAACUCAGCCUAUACCAGCAACAACAUUGCAAUUAAUCAGGUGUCAAAUCAGAAUGAACAACAAAGUGAAAUGGGGAGCUUUGUCCAAAAUCUCAAUUCCAACCAAUACCAACAUCUCAUGUCUAUGCUGUCAAAUUAUUUGGCCUCCUGUCAAAACUACUGAUGAUUUUACUACUACUUAUAUGGCAGCAGUAUCCAAGAACACAACACCGAGAAGAUGAUUGGCAAGGGUGAUAAGUUUGAAGAUCUCUAUGUUCUGGAUAAAAAAAACAAUCUGAAUUUUUUCUCUACAACAUAUGUAAAUACCGUUUCAGCUCAUAUAUGGCAUAGAAGGCUUGUCUAUCUUCUGACGUUUAGAUACUUUGAAACACCAUUUGCAUUGUGAUGUAUCUAGAUUGAAUAAAGCUGAUCUUUGUUACAUUUGUCCCCUUGCAAAAGAAAGAUGAUUAUCUUUUGAUUCUCACAA